UCCAACCCUUACUUCAAGAGGUAAUUUCUCCUAUUCCUAUUGAGGUUGAUUCUUCUUCACAUUUGACUUUAUCUAAUGAUGAGCAUAAUGAUUUAAAUGAUGAUGACGUAGAUGAAGAAAUUAUAGUUGAAUCACCUUGGAUGUUUGAGCAUGAAUCAUAUUGUGAAAAACUAUACCCUUGGGAGAAAAACACUUUGAGUUCACAUGAUAAUUCUCUUGAUUUAAAUUCAAAUAUCAUUGAAAGUGUUGACUCUUCACUUAGCUUGAAUAAAGAAAAUGAAAUGGAUGUUGAUGGUGGCGAUGAUGUAUCUUGUAUGCUUGAAAUUCCAAUUCCUUCUUGUGAUAUUGUUAAUAGUGCACAUGCACUUGUUUCUUCUAACCAUGAUGUGCUUGAGAAAGGUUGUUUACCUUCUUUUGUAGGUGAACAAGGCAAUGUAGCCAAACCAUCUCUUGAUUUCAAAGAGGAACUUGCUCAACUUGAAAAGGCUAUGGCUCCUACUAAGGAUUUGAACAAGGAAUUGAAAAUAACUCAAGAUGACAAGGAGGUUGAAAAUCAAGGAAUUGAUUUUACAAAGCCAAAUAGUAAUGAGAAUAAUAUUGAUUUAAUGCUUGAUGAUUUUGAUGAUGAGUUGGCUUUGUUUCAUAGUACUUGUUCUAAUUUCCUAUUCACUUGUGAUUGUUCACAUGAUUCUCCAUGCCCUAUUUGUUUAGAAAUUAAUUCAUUUGUGCUUGAAAAUAGUAGCAAUCAUUUACUUGAUAAAAUAAUUGAUGAUGUAUGUUUGAGUGAAAUUAAUCAUGAGUGCACUUCUUUAGAACCCAAUAUGCUUGAGGAAGGGUUCUUUGUUGAUUUUAUAGGUCUAAAUGAUGAUAUGGCCAAGAACCCCCAUGUACUUAGAGGAUUUAUCAUUGCAAUGGAAGAGACCUUGGCUAACCAUGAAGAUGAUCAACCACAUAAAGUUAUGAAAGAUUCUACACCAUACAUCUUGGAGCCAUUACAAAUUGAUCUUGAGCCUCCACCUAAGAUGCUUGGAAUGAAGAUGAUAAUGAGUAGCUUCAUGUUACUCCUCAAAGAUGAAAAUUUCAACUUCAAGAGCUUGUGGAGAUUUAAACUAGGUGGCAUGUGACUUGUGCAUCAAUUGGGCAAUUGAGGUCAACACUCCUUGAGGUCAAUGGCUGAUGGUUUGCACGUGAAUUAUGAUUAUUUUGAGAGGUUAAAUCAGCUAAAAUGAUGUGGAUGACACAUGGGAAAUUAGGCACACAUUGGAAUCAUCUACAAACCAAUAGGAAGUUGCCACCUUGCAAGUGUGACAAGGCUCCCAUUUACAUUUUAAUUUCUUUUUCCUUAUUUUAAUUAAGCUUCAGCUGAUGGGAGACACCAAGGAGCACGCCAUUUUAAGCCUCAAAUGGGAUCCAACACAUAUCUCAUUCAUCUUCCACAUUCUCUCUCUCUUGUUCAUAGUGUUCUUCAUUUUCUCUCUUUUGUUCUUCAUUUUCCAGCACCCUAACCUCCAUUUUCAGCCACCAAACCUCCACAAAACUCAUACCAUUCUUCUCCUCUCUUCAUUUUCGUUCCAUCCCUUCCAUUUUCACAAGGAUUGAAGCUCAUUUUCAUCAUUCAAGAGCUAUGGAGUUUGGCCUUCACAAGCAAUCACUAGGGUUCUUGAAGAUGAAGAUUGGCUAAGUUUCUUUGUGGAAUCCUAGAGAGAUGAAGAUGGAGGAUGAGUCUUGAGCUUCAAAUUGGCUAAGUUCUUUUGUUUCCUAUCCUCUUCUCU